AUGAAGCCCUUUCGGAGAAGACAGUGCUUCCAUGUGGCGUUAUCCGUCAUCCUGUUGGCGCACAAUGCCUUCGCAAUCCAGCUCGACUUGACAAGCAACGACUCAAUAAAAGCCGCCGCCAGAAUCGUCGCUGAUGAGAUGGUGUCAUAUUACACGGGCUACCGACCUGGAGAUGUCCCUGGGAAUCUUCCUGCUCCAUAUUACUGGUGGGAAGCUGGUGCAAUGUUUGGCGCGCUCAUUGACUACUGGUACUUCACGGGCGACGACUCAUUCAAUGAGAUCACCACGCAAGCCAUGCUCCAUCAAGUUGGGCCUGACAACGAUUUCAUGCCACCCAACCAGACAAAGACCGAAGGAAACGACGACCAAGCAUUUUGGGGAAUGGCCGCUCUCUCUGCGGCGGAGAAUGUCUUUCCCAAUCCUCCCCCGGACCAACCACAAUGGCUGGCUCUGGCUCAGGCUGUCUUCAACACGCAGGCGGCGCGCUGGGACACUAGCUCGUGUGGAGGUGGUUUGAAGUGGCAGAUUUUCGCCUUCAACAACGGGUACAAUUAUAAAAACACCAUUUCGAAUGGAUGCUUUUUCAACAUGGGUGCUCGCCUCGCGGUCUACACCGGAAACCAGACGUACGCUGACUGGGCGGACCGCAUGUGGGAUUGGGUCUCGGCCAUCGGUCUGCGGGACGCGCAGUACAACUUUUUCGAUGGGAGCGAUGACACGAUCAAUUGCACCCAGCUCGACCAUAUCCAAUGGACAUACAAUGCAGGCACAUUUCUCGUCGGAGCUGCCAACAUGUACAAUUUCACAGGGGGCAGUCAAGUCUGGGAGGACAGAAUCAACGGGAUCAUUGGGAGGCUAAAUGUCUUUCUGCAGAACAAUAUUCUGAAAGAGGUUGCCUGUGAAGGCGUCAACCCCGACGGUUCCGAUACCUGCGAUGUCGAUCAACGCUCAUUCAAGGCGUAUCUCGCUCGAUGGAUGGCAGCGACAAUGGUUAGAGCGCCCUUCACUUAUCCGCUCUUGAAACCGAUUUUAGAAACUUCGGCUGCGGCUGCAGCUUCAGUCUGCACAGGCGGUGUCAAUGGUACUUCGUGUGGGUUGAAAUGGUGGACAGGCCAAUUCGACGGCAGCACUGGAGUUGGCGAACAAAUGUCGGCCCUGGAAGUCAUCCAAUCCAAUCUGGUCACCGAGGUCGCUGGUCCUGUUACUCAAAAUACCGGAGGAACCAGCAAGGGAGAUCCCAAUGCUGGCACGCAAAGCCCCAUUGGCCCCGAGGAUCUGAACAAGGAGAAGGUCACCACAGCGGACAAGGCUGGGGCGGCGAUCUUGACUGUUUUGUUGGUUUUCUUCAUUGUGGGAGGCGCAUGGUGGAUGGUUCUCUAG